AUGCUUCCUCAGAAAGGCACACGACUUGUGGCAAAGGUAUAUGACCCUCUCUACUUCAACGACGACGAAGGGUACCUCAACCCGUUCCUUUGCAUGGACAAAUACUACACUCAUGAGGCCAAUGCAUAUAUGGUCCUCCGCGACUUUCAAGGUCAAUGGAUCCCGAACUACUAUGGGUCCUACUCUUUAGUUUUAUCUGUCGAUUCAGUCCGCACACGGACAGUCCGAAUGAUUUUGGUCGAGUAUAUCCCAGGAAUCACUAUGGCCGACUGUGAGCCGGGAAAUUUCUGCCAGUCAGCUCGCCUACUUAUUCGGAAGUCAAUUGUGGACCUUGAGAGCCGUAUCUACGAAAAGGACAUUCUGCUCACCGACCUCGAGCCGCGAAACAUUAUCAUACGUUCGCCAGACAGCGACCGGCCUGGCGUUGUGUUUAUCGAUUUCGCACAUGCUCUUUUCAACCGCAGGCGAGAUGAUCCUCUUCCGUUCGAAUUGAACGAUUUUCUAGGAGAGUACAUUUCACCCCUUCUUCGGUGGAAUAAGAGCAAGGACAGAGACUAUGCCUUUUUAGAAUGGAUAGAUUGGGACUGGGAUCCCUGGCUCGAUGCCGAGUUUGCCCAUACAGCUGCAACCAUCACCCCGGAGAUGCGAGAACGAUGGUCCGAUGAUUAA